AUAUCUUUAAGAUAUAUUUACUCAUACACACUGGAUGUGUACAGCCACUGCAAAUAUUUUUCUUUUUUAGCAACAAGGUUGUGGACGGGCAAGUGUAUACCAUGCGGUGGUGGUCAUAUUUCUAGAAUUCUUUGCCUGGGGUCUGUUGACAACUCCAAUGUUAACGGUCUUACAUGAAACAUUUUCUCAUCAUACGUUUUUAAUGAAUGGUCUUAUUCAAGGUGUUAAGGGUUUUUUGUCCUUUCUCAGUGCUCCGCUAAUAGGUGCUCUAUCAGAUGCAUGUGGAAGAAAAUCUUUUCUCCUUCUCACAGUUUUCUUCACUUGUGUCCCAAUUCCUUUAAUGAGAAUAAGUCCAUGGUGGUACUUCGCUAUGAUUUCAGUAUCUGGAAUCUUUUCUGUUACCUUUUCUGUAAUUUUUGCCUAUGUAGCUGAUGUAACACAAGAACAUGAAAGAAUUACAGCCUAUGGACUGGUAUCGGCCACCUUUGCUGCAAGUUUGGUUACUAGUCCUGCCAUUGGUGCAUACCUGUCUGCCAGCUAUGGGGAUAAUCUUGUUGUGCUGGUGGCCACCAUGGUGGCUGUUGUGGACAUUUGUUUCAUCCUGCUAGCUGUACCAGAAUCUCUACCUGAAAAAAUGAGGCCUGCUUCAUGGGGAGCUUCUAUAUCAUGGGAACAAGCAGACCCUUUUGCAUCCCUGAAGAAGGUCAGAAAGGAUACUACAGUUCUCCCAAUCUGUAUUACAGUGUUUCUCUCCUAUCUGCCAGAGGCUGGCCAGUAUUCUAGCUUUUUUCUGUAUUUGAGACAGAUUAUAGGGUUUGGAUCUGUUAGCAUUGCAGCAUUUAUAGCUGUAGUAGGAAUCCUGUCUAUAAUAGCUCAGACUGUGUUUCUCAGUAUCUUGAUGAGGUCAAUAGGGAACAAAAACACAGUUCUUCUUGGCCUUGGCUUUCAGAUCCUUCAGUUGGCUUGGUAUGGUUUUGGAUCUCAAUCUUGGAUGAUGUGGGCAGCAGGAGCUGUAGCUGCUAUGUCAAGCAUUACCUUCCCAGCAAUCAGUGCCCUGGUUUCACGAAAUGCAGAGUCAGAUCAACAAGGAGUUGUGCAAGGAAUAAUAACCGGAAUAAGAGGUCUGUGCAAUGGCCUGGGACCAGCGUUGUAUGGCUUUAUUUUCUUUCUCUUUCAUGUUGAGCUCAAUGAAUUGCCACCUGAUCAGAAUGCUGAAAGAAAAACAAUGCAAGAUCCCAGUGAUGAGAGAGCAAUCAUUCCUGGUCCACCCUUCCUGGUUGGAGCAUGUAUUGUUCUUCUGGCUUUUCUAGUAGCCUUAUUUAUUCCUGAGCACAGUAAAGCCAGCAGUGGCAGAAAGCACAGCAACAGCAUCAGCAGUACUCUGAGCAACAGCCUAGAGAGAGGUAGUGAAGAGGACAUUGAACCUCUGCUGCAAGACAGCAGUGUGUGAAGAAUGACUUGUGGGGAGUGUCUGGAAGAAAGUUAUGUGCUAGACUGCAGAUCUGGAAGCUGGUGGGGAUGUGCUGAGUGUCUGGCUUCCAACAGGAAGGUGGUCAUGUGCCAUGGAGGAGAUGCACUGCAAGAAUAUCACAUCUGUACUCCAGCUGACUCUGCGCUGCAGGAGGGUUUGAUUCGUGUAGGAGGUCACAACUAGAUGUGAUUCACUUUCCAGCCUGCAAGUGACUGCAAAUGCAUGUUUCAUGCUGGUAUUGGGUGAAAAGGUCAACAUGCAGACAUAAUAGAAACUAAGUUGAAUAUUCAGUUCCCAAAAUCAUAUGCAAAAUGGUCAGGUUUGGGACAGAACACAGUUUCUGAGGCAAGAAAGGCAGUGGGCACCAGAGAGGUUUACGUCAAGGAGUGUGUAAGUUUAUUGCAUUUUAUCACUUUAUCUGCCAUAUGAAACAAUCUUACCCAUUAAAUCUUUUCACCCCUGCCUUAACUGCUAGUCAGCAUUCAGUUAUUAAUCACAUUUAGCCUUCAUAUCAGUCUCACCUGCUGAGUCUCAUGGAUAUAUUCAUAUCAAAUUCCUUUCUAAAAGAUGCUUUAAAGAAGUUACAAGUGGUUAAAAUAUGCUAAUUUUUAGAGACAUUUUUAUGAACAAAUACAGAUUUAUGUGUAUUUUGCUGAAGUGUAAAUGGACCAUUAAACGUAACUGUAACGAAGUACUCCUAUGAAUGUUUUAUAUAAAUGCAAUAUAUGUAGAUAUUUGUAAGGAGUUUUAAUUUUUCCAGAUGGGGUGCUGUGUAAAUCAUGUAUUUAUGAAUUA